GACUGUCUCUGCUUAUCUGCGCUAGUGUGCCGCAUGUCCAAGACCACGGAGAUUACAAAAUAUUGGCCACAGACACGAAAGAAGGCACCUUUGUUGUGGUUUUGCAUGGAAUAUUUUCUUUCUAUUUUUUUUUUGUAAAAUUCUGUGACAGUAGAACAGGACAUUAAGUGGUCAGGUCAGCGCUAAAAUGACGGACAAGUGGGAGAACGACAAGGAAAUUCAAAUCUUCCGAGAAUACUUGAAAAUUCCAAGUGUUCAUCCAAAUCCUGACUACGAACCAUGCGUGGAGUUCCUUCGUCGUCAGGCGACAUCCCUCGCGAUGGAUUUCAAGGUUUACUAUCCUGUAAACGACAAAAAUCCCAUCGUGGUUCUCUCGCUGACUGGCAAGGAUCCCUCACUGCCCGCCAUUAUGCUCAACAGCCACAUGGACGUUGUUCCGGUAUUCCCUGAAAAGUGGUCUCAUCCACCAUUUUCGGCUCAUCUUGACUCGGAUGGGAAGAUCUUUGCGCGUGGAUCACAAGACAUGAAAUGCGUGGGAAUGCAAUUUCUGGGAGCCAUUAGAGCUCUCAAAAAAGACGGAGUGGAAUUCAAACGAACCAUUCAUGCGACAUUUGUGCCUGAUGAGGAAGUUGGUGGAAAGUUGGGAAUGGCAAAGUUUGUUCACACUGAUGAUUUCAAGGCGCUCAAUGUUGGCUUCUCACUGGACGAGGGUAUUGCCAGUCCAACUGAUACUUUCCCCGUUUUCUAUGCUGAAAGGCCCACCUGGCGUGUUCAUUUUAAUUGCUCAGGUACUCCAGGACAUGGUUCAUUGCUGCAUAAGAAUACAGCUGGAGAAAAGGUACGUUAUAUGCUGGAUAAGAUGAUGGACUUCAGAAAACAUGAAGUGAAACGUCUGGAGAGCAACCCUGAACUCCUUAUAGGAGAUGUAACCACAGUUAAUCUAACAAGAAUUUCUGGAGGAGUUCAAUCAAAUGUGGUGCCUCCACUUUUGCGAAUCGGCUUCGACAUUCGUCUCUCCAUGGAUGUAGAUCACAGUAAUUUCAUGAAAAAGCUCGAGAAAUGGUGCGAGGAAGCUGGUGGUGGUAUUGAGAUUGAUAUAGAAUUGAAGGAACCUGCAAUGCCAAAAACAACCCUCGAUGAGAGCAACAUUUACUGGACUGCUUUCAAGAAGGCCGUCGAUGCGCUAAAGUUGAAGAUAAAGACGCAGAUUUUUCCAGCAGCAACAGAUAGCCGUUUUGUGCGAGAAGUUGGCAUUCCCGCAAUUGGAUUCUCGCCAAUGAACAACACACCAGUCCUCCUUCAUGAUCACGAUGAAUAUUUGGAGGCAGAUGUAUAUCUCAGAGGCAUUGAUAUCUACAAGAAGAUCAUUAAUGAAGUGGCUAAUUGCUAAUGCGAUAAAGUUAAUUGUUGAGCAUAAUAAAAUAGCAUGAGUAAGGGGAAAAA